UGGCUUUGCUGGAGUGAUCCUCAUAAACAAGGCUGGAGAUGGAUCAAAGAAGAUCAAGGGCUGCUGGGAUUCCAUCCACAUGGUGGAAGUGCAGGAGAAAUCCAGUGGUCGCACCGCCCAUUACAAGCUGACCUCCACUGUGAUGCUCUGGCUGCAGACCAACAAAUCUGGCUCUGGCACCAUGAACCUUGGAGGCAGCCUGACCAGACAGAUGGAGAAGGAUGAGACUGUGAGUGACUGCUCCCCGCACAUAGCCAAUAUCGGGCGCCUGGUAGAGGACAUGGAAAAUAAAAUCAGAAGUACGCUGAAUGAGAUCUACUUUGGAAAAACAAAGGACAUCGUCAAUGGGCUGAGGUCUGUGCAGACUUUCGCAGACAAAUCAAAGCAAGAAGCUCUUAAGAACGACCUGGUGGAGGCCUUGAAGAGAAAGCAGCAGUGUUAGAGCUCGGCUCCACGCUCCCUGGACACGCCACGCGCUCGUUAGAUUCCUUUCUUAGACAACUCAUCUUCUGCUCCCUUCCCUCGCCCCUCGCCUCCCCACCAGGUCACGUAACACCGGCUUCACCGGCCGCACGGCGCCAUCUCUCCCUGAGAAUAAAGCCCAGUAAACACCC